AUCUCGCUCAACAUCAACAAUUAUGCACAGUGACGACGACGAGGUCUCGUCACACUUUAGUGAUGAAGGCAGCGAUGGCGGCUUCUCACCGGAGCCUGUGAAGAGGAAGCCUGCGGCAAAGAAAGCCGCAGCGCCCAAAAAAACUGCAGCACCCAAAAAGACUACUGCAGCAGCCAAACCGAAAGCAACCUCAAAGAAGCGCGCUGUUCCAUCUGACGAUGAAGAUGACGGUAACCUAGCGGAUACACCACCGAUGGCAAAGCAACAAAAGAAGGCACCUGCCCCUAAGAGGGCGAAAACUUCGGCAAAGCCGCUCCAGUCUAAGCAAAACGAAUCAGAGUUAGAUGGGGAUGAUGAUGACUUUGGGGAAGGAUCAGGUUCUUCAAAGGAAAAGAAGAGCUUUGCGGAUGCGUACCAAAAGCUUACUCAAUUGGAGCAUAUCCUCAAACGUCCCGAUACUUACGUCGGGUCUGUGGAACGAUCAGAGCGACACAUGUGGGUUUUCGACUCGGGUACGACUUCGAUGGUUUGGAAGCCCGUUACUAUGGUUCCUGGCCUGUAUAAGAUUUUCGACGAAAUUUUGGUCAAUGCGGCGGACAAUAAAAUUCGUGACCCUAAGAUGGACACUCUCAAGGUUACUGUUGACAAAGCGACCAAUACAAUUUCCGUUUAUAAUAACGGGAGAGGUAUUCCGAUUGAGAUACACUCGAAGGAGAAAGUUUAUGUUCCCGAGUUGAUCUUUGGCCACCUUCUUACCUCUUCCAACUAUGACGAUGACGAGAAAAAGGUUACCGGUGGUCGUAAUGGCUAUGGUGCAAAGCUCUGUAAUAUCUUCAGUACUGAAUUCACGGUUGAGACUGGCGAUAAGAAUACCAAGCAAAAGUACAAGCAGACCUGGACGGACAACAUGGGCAAGAUGGGAAAGGCGAAAAUCACCGCGAACCCCAAGGGAGAGCAGUUUACGAAGAUUACAUUCAAACCCGACCUUGCCAAGUUUCACAUGGAGGAGAUGGAUGAUGAUUUCGAAGCUCUUGUCAAGAGAAGGGUUUACGAUAUGGCUGCUUCUGUAAAAGACGUAAAAGUCUUCUUGAACGGGGAGCGGAUAAAGCUGAACUUCAGGAAGUACUGUGAGAUGUAUGUCAAUGCACUACAUGAAGAAGCUGGUUGCGAAGAAAAACUUGUGAUUACUUGGGAAGUCGUGAACGAUCGCUGGGAGGUAGCCUUCGCUGCUAGCGGUGGUAACUUCCAACAGGUAUCAUUUGUCAAUAGUAUCGCUACGACAUCCGGAGGAACCCAUGUGAAUUACAUUGCAGAUCAACUUUGUACCCACCUCCAGGGAGCUCUAAAGAAGCAGAACAAAUCUGGAGCCGCUGUCAAAAACGCUCAGAUGCGCAAUCAUUUCUUCAUAUUCGUCAACUGCUUGAUCGAGAAUCCAGCAUUCACCUCGCAAACCAAGGAACAGCUAACUACUAGAGCUGGUGCGUUUGGUAGCAAAUGUGCAUUGAGCGACACGUUCAUUAAAAAUAUUUUGAAGAAUACUCCAGUUAUCUCGAACAUCAUCGACUAUGCCAAUAUGAAGGCUGAUAAACAAUUGAAAAAAACGGAUGGGUCGAGACGCUCUAGAAUCAAUAAUCCGAAACUUAUCGAUGCCAAUAGAGCUGGAACCAAGGACUCCCAAGAAUGCGUGCUUAUUCUGACUGAAGGAGAUUCAGCCAGAUCACUUGCUGUUGCUGGUAUAUCUGCAAUCGAUGGGCGGGACAGGUUUGGCGUUUUCCCCUUGCGCGGAAAACUUCUUAAUGUUCGAGACGCCUCUCAUGACCAAAUAAUGAAGAAUGCGGAAAUUCAAAACAUUAAACAGAUUCUGGGGCUGCAACAUAAGAAGGUUUACGAAUCAAGGAAAGAGUUGAGAUAUGGUCAUCUCAUGAUCAUGACGGAUCAGGAUUAUGACGGAAGUCAUAUCAAAGGAUUACUUAUCAACUUCUUCGAGACUCAAUUCCCUAGUUUGCUCAAUUUCUUUACCAUGCCGGAGUAUGAGUAUUGGAAAGAGAACAACGCUGAAAAGGGAUGGGAACAUAAGUACUACAAGGGUUUGGGCACCUCGGGUGAACGGGAUGCAAAAUUAUACUUUUCAGAUCUGGAGAGACAUGUCAAGGAGUUCCACGUGAUGGAGGCGGAAGGCCAGCGACUGAUCGAACUCGCAUUUUCCAAGAAGAAGGCGGAUGAGCGGAAAGAAUGGCUCCGACUCUACAAGCCUGGAACUUACCUUGAUCACUCCAUCGAUAAGAUUUCAUAUCCGGAGUUCGUUAAUAAAGAGCUGAUCCUCUUCAGUAUGGCGGACAACAUCCGGUCCAUUCCCUCGGUUGUGGACGGCCUUAAACCUGGUCAACGCAAAAUUCUCUUUGCUUGUUUCAAGAGAAAGCUUACAAAACAGCUCAAAGUUUCGGAAUUGUCUGGAUUCGUUUCCGAGUGUACAGCCUACCAGCAUGGUGAAAGCUCUCUCCAAGUGACAAUUACUGGUAUGGCGCAAACAUUUGUUGGAAGCAACAAUGUCAAUCUCUUGGAGCCCGAAGGGUCUUUCGGUACCCGUCUUGAUGGUGGAAAGGAUGCAGCCAGCCCUCGAUAUAUUUAUACCCUAUUGUCACCUUUUGCCAGGAAGUUAUUCCCAGCUACCGAUGAUCCCCUGUUGACGUAUAAUCUGGACGAUGACAAGAAAAUUGAGCCUAUGUGGUACGCCCCUGUUGUUCCUUUGGUUUUGAUCAACGGAGCCGAUGGUAUUGGCACAGGGUGGAGUACCACUAUACCAAAUUACAAUCCGGAAGAUGUGGUUGCCAACAUCAGGCGUUUGAUGAACAACGAGGAACUAGAACCAAUGACUCCAUGGUAUCGCGAUUGGGCAGGCAAGGUCGAGCAGGUCGCUGUGGACAAAUUCAAAUUCUCUGGGGUUAUCAAUCAGAUUGAUGGUGUUACUUGCGAAGUUCGGGAAUUACCUAUCAAGAUGUGGACUCAAGAGUUCAAAGAAAAACUCGAAGAAAUCAUCAAGGGAGAGAAAUCAUUCGUCAAAGAUUACGUUGAUUACAACUCUCCUCGACGGGUCCAUUUUAUUAUUACCAUGGAGUCCGAAAAGCAUAUGCAGGAGGCGUUGGCGGAGGGGCUUGUGAACAGAUUUAAGCUUACGAAAACUAUAGCAACCAGCAACCUUGUGGCUUUUGAUCCUGAGGGAAGAAUUAAUAAGUACGCUUCGGUCAAUGAUAUUCUGAAGGAGUUUUAUUAUAUUCGUUUGAAGUAUUACCAGGAGCGCAAGGAUAAUAUGCUUAAAGAGAUGAGCAAACAAUUGAUGAAGUACACUAAUCAGGCUCGCUUCGUCCAAAUGAUCAUCAAGAAGGAGCUGGCAGUCUCAGGGCGUAAGCGUUCAGAGAUUAUCGAGGACCUUGUAAAGAAGAAGUUUGAUAAAAUUUCCAAUAAGGCUGAAGCUCAGAAGGCUGGCGAGACUGAGGACACUGUUGAAGAAGAAGAUUCAACUGUCGGGGAUGGUUACAACUAUCUAUUGGGGAUGGCCAUCUGGUCUUUGACGCAUGAAAAGGUCCAGAAGCUACUUCAGGAUGUCGCUGACAAAGAGCUCGAGGUCGAUGAACUCAUCAAGAAGUCUCCGAAAGAUUUGUGGAAUACUGAGUUGGAUGCCUUUAUCGAAGAAUGGAGGAUACAGCUGGAAGAAGACAAAAAAGAGCAAGGCACCGUAGUCAAACGCAAGAAGAAUGGCAAGUACGGCGCAAAGAUUGCCAAGGGGAAGAAGAAAGCCGCUGGCAGUGACGAAUCGGAUUUCGAAGCUUCAAAACCAAAGAGAAAGCCAGCGGCUGCGAAGGUCAAUACAGAGGCCAAGAAGCAGACUAUACUGGGAUUCAAGUCCAUCGAUCAACCUCCGGAGAAAGCCCCCGACAGGGGACCUAUCGCACGAGCUGUGAAAAAAGAAGCAGUGGUAAUCGGUGACCUGAGUGAUUCAGAUUUCGACAUGCUCAACCGAGGAUCUAAACUAGCGCCCUCCGCGAAACCUCCUAUUAAAGCAACAAAUGCCGGCGUGGAAUCAUCAUCGGAUCGAAAGCCUCAGCCAGACCCCGCAGGGGAUAGUGAAGAGGAAUUGCUUUCAUUGGAUGAGAAACCCUCUAAGAGACUGAAGGCUAAGGCGGCGCUGGCCAAGAAGCCUGCAGAAGAUGAAUCUGAGGCUGAAUCUGAGAAGGAGGUUCUUGCAAAGAAAGCUGUGGCGAAAACUGCUCCGAAAGCCAGGGCCGCUGCUAAAACUGCUCCCAAAGCCAAACCGGUUGCUGCGGAUGAUUCUAUUUUUGACCUGGAUGUCUCAGACCCUCCACCCUUGAGGACCGCUGCGGCAAAGCCAAAACGAGCAGCGGCAAGAAAGCCUUCAAUUCUAGAUAUUGCUGGCUCAGAUGACUCCGACGGGGAGAAUGGUCUCGGGGAUGUCAGUGUUCUUGUUAAGGGUAUCGGGAGUCAAGGUAGUGACACCGGUAGGCCUUUGUUUAGGGAUUCUGCAAAGAAGGCAUCUGGCACAGCCUUGAAAGGUGCAGCCGCUAAGAAGGUGGCCCCGAAGGGAGUUUCGAAGAUCCCACUUAGUCUCAGCAAGGGCGCCGGCAACGAGUCUGAAAACUCGGACUCGGAUGAUGACGACAUCCCUAAACCUGUCAAGAAAGCCCCGGCAAAGAAGGCCGCACCACCAGCGAGGGCUGCGCCGAAGAAGGCUCCAGAGCCCAAGAAGCCCGCUGCAAAAGCGGCGCCAAAAGCCGGGGCCAAGAAACCGUUUGUCUUGUCUGAGGAUGAGGAUGAUAUGGAUGUGGACAAGAUGGCGGACGAACUUCUGGAUUCCGACGAUCAAGAACUCUACUCUAAACCUUCGUCUAAGACUUCUAAAGCCGCAACCAAACCUUCAGCUAAACCAGCCCCGAAAGCAGCCGAACCAGAACCUCGUGGGAGGGCUGUAAGGGCUCGGAAACCUACAAAUUACAGAAUUGAGCCUUCUUCUGAUGAAGAGGAUGACGAUGACGAUGACGAUGAAGGAUCUGAGGAUUAUGGUGGGGAUUCCGAUUAGUCUAUCUUGUAAUGUUCUACUUUUCUUUUUACUUAUUUUCCUUGGGGGGCUGGAUGGGGGUGACCGGCGCAUUUAUGUGAGAGUUCAGGAAAAGAAGGUUUGGGGAUUAUGAAGGGGUGAAAAGCGGUGCCUUUGAACAUUUUUAUGUAGCAUAGACUUUUGUGGAGAGAGUAAACAGCCCUUUCUUGCCCAUAGAACAUGAGAAGGGAUUUUUAUUGUUAUGCGUUCUGCAAAGUUUAUUACAUGGUUACUCUCAUUCUUAUUGAGUAAUUCGUUGCGCAUUAUUAAUAUUAUUAUAAUCGUAUGUCA